GCAGGAUAAAUAGCAGCUUGGCUUCGCUGGUUCCUCUCUGCAUUCUCUCCGUCCUCCCAACAAUAUGCAUCUUGCCAGUUUGGUCAGUUCUUGCUCCCUCCUACUGCUAUUGGGGGCCCUGCCUGGAUGGGCAGCCAGUGAUGACCCCAUUGAGAAGGUCAUUGAAGGGAUCAACCGAGGGCUGAGCAACGCAGAGAGAGAGGUGGGCAAGGCCCUGGAAGGCAUCAAUAAUGGCAUCACUCAAGCUGGAAGGGAAGUGGAGAAAGUUUUUAAUGGACUUAGCAACAUGGGGAGCCAGGCCGGCAAGGAGCUGGACAAAGGCGUCCAGGGGCUCAACCACGGCAUGGACAAGGUAGCUCAUGGUAUCAACAAUGGCGUCGGACAAGCAGGAAAGGAAGCAGAGAAGUUUAUCCAUGGGGCUAACAACGCUGCUGGACAGGUUGGGAAGGAGGCAGACAAAGUGAUUCAAGGGGUCCAUCAUGGGGUCAACCAGGCGGGAAGUGAGGCAGGGAGGUUUGGCCAGGGGGUCCACCAUGCCGCUGGGCAGGCUGGGAACGAGGCGGGGAGGUUUGGCCAGGGGGUCCACCAUGCCGCGGGGCAGGCUGGGAACGAGGCGGGGAGGUUUGGCCAGGGGGUCCACCAUGCCUCGGGGCAGGCUGGGAACGAGGCGGGGAGGUUUGGCCAGGGGGUCCACCAUGCCGCUGGGCAGGCUGGGAACGAGGCGGGGAGGUUUGGCCAGGGGGUCCACCAUGCCGCUGGGCAGGCUGGGAACGAGGCUGGGAGGUUUGGCCAGGGGGUCCACCAUGCCGCUGGGCAGGCUGGGAACGAGGCGGGGAGGUUUGGCCAGGGGGUCCACCAUGCCGCAGGGCAGGCUGGGAACGAGGCGGGGAGGUUUGGCCAGGGGGUCCACCAUGCCGCUGGGCAGGCUGGGAACGAGGCGGGGAGGUUUGGCCAGGGGGUCCACCAUGCCGCUGGGCAGGCUGGGAACGAGGCGGGGAGGUUUGGCCAGGGGGUCCACCAUGGGAUUGAUGAGGCUUGGAAGGAAACUGAGAAGUUUGGCCAGGGAGUCCACCAUGCCGCUGGGCAGGCUGGGAACGAGGCUGGGAGGUUUGGCCAGGGAGUCCACCAUGCCGCAGGGCAGGCUGGGAACGAGGCAGGGAGGUUUGGCCAGGGGGUCCACCAUGCCGCUGGGCAGGCUGGGAACGAGGCGGGGAGGUUUGGCCAGGGGGUCCACCAUGGGAUUGAUGAGGCUUGGAAGGAAACUGAGAAGUUUGGCCAGGGUGUCCACCAUGCCGCUGGGCAGGCUGGGAACGAGGCUGGGAGGUUUGGCCAGGGGGGGGUUCACCAUGGGAUUGAUGAGGCCUGGAAGGAGGCAGAGAAGUUUGGCCAGGGGGUCCACCAUGCCGCUGGGCAGGCUGGGAAAGGAGGUGACAAAAUAGUCCAAGGGGUCCAUCAUGGGAUUAACCAGGCUGGGAAGGAGGUGGAGUGGUUUGGGCAGGAUGCUCAUUAUGCCGCAGGACAGAGUGAAAAGGAAGGAGACAAAAUAGUCCAAGGUGUCCAUCCUGGGGUCAACCAGGCCGGGAAGGAGGUGGAGCAGUUUGGCCAUGGGGUCCACCGUGAGGUUAAUGAGGCCUGGAAGGAGGCAGAGAAGUUUGGUCAGGGGGCCCACCAUGCAGCAGGGCAGGCUGGGAAAGAAGGGGACAAAGUGGUCCAAGGGGUCCACAAUGGAGUCAACCAGGCUGGGAAGGAGGUGGAACAGUUGGGCCAGGGAGUUCACCAUGCCGUUGAACAGGCUGGAAAGGAAGCAGACAAAGUAGUCCACGGGGUCUACGAUGGGGUCAACCAGGCCGGGAAGGAGGCAGAGAAAUUUGGCCAAGGGGUCAACCACGCUGCUGGCCAGGCUACAAAGGAAGCGGAGAAACUUGGCCAAGGUGUCCACCAUGCUGCUGGCCAGGCCGGGAAGGAGGUGGACAGGUUGCAGCAGAAUGUUCAUUAUGGGGUCAACCAAGACGGCAAGGAGGCCAACCAGCUGCUGAAUGGCGGUCACCAAGGCGGAUCCACCGGCCAUCACGGAGGGGGCGCAACCACAACCUUAACAUCUGGAGCUUCGGUCAACAAGCCCUUCAUCAGCUUUCCAGCUCUAUGGAGGAGCGUCGCCAACAUCAUUCCCUAAACUGAUGCACUGGCUUGCUGAGCAGACUGGCUUUCCUGUUGGCAUAUCAGCUGAAAUGCCUUGGAAGAGCUAGGGAUGGGAGGCGGGUAGAUUUUGGGAGUCCCUUGAGGGAACUGUAUUGAGAUUUGUGAAUAAAUAUGAUACUACAUGCUCUCA